GGGUCCUUAUGUCAUUUUUUUACAAAACAGAGAAACGACGUCAUAAACGUUGGAUGUUUAAUCAUAGCGCCGUAUUCCAGCCACAUGUAACGUUAUACUAUAAAUGAACGAAUAAAAAUGUUUAUGCUAGGCUAUUUUGAAUAAAGAAUAAAGUUGUGGUAAAAAUAUGAAACAUUGUCUUAUUUUCGCUUAUAUUUUAUUUAUUUAUCGAUUUUUGUUUUUCGGAUUUUGUUUUGGUUUAAAUACUACACAACCAUGGCGACGAUAAACAAACUUACGAGGAGCGGAUUCAAGAAUACAUGUACAUUUGCAGUCAAAUUAUGAGAGCAAGCUCUGUAUAACUGCUUUCAUUCUGUACCAUGGAUCAGUUUGAGGAAUUAGACAGACAAAUUGAAGAACAUUUUGGGCGCUUGAAUGUGACUCGACAUGAUGAUAAUCAUCAUUCUGAAAGUGACCAUGAAGAUGAAAAUGAAGAUGUUGACCAUGACGCAACGAUCGCUCUUCGAAUGUCCGAGUUUGUGGAGACACAGAAUGAGCAUAAUUCAGCUGUAGAUCUAGAAACAGACGAAUCUUUGGAUACAUUGUGUGUCGCUUCUGAUGGUUCGUUUAUGAAUAGAUGCGCAUGUACCAAGAACUGCUUUGGAAUAUUUUCAGAUAAUGAGAUUAAGGAACAUAUCUUUAAUAUGAGAGAAAUGACCAAGGUAGAGAAGGAGUUGUACAUCAUGGGCACUCUACAAACUGGUUGUUUUGGACAAACAACAAAGAGAAACACCAAGCGAAAACGUGUGCACUAUACAUAUAACUUCAAAGGAGAGAGCAUAUGCAGAGACGCAUUUUUGGCAAUAUAUGAUGUGUCAGACAAAGUACUGUCAAGUAUUGUGACUCAUGUGAACACAAAUGGAGUUUGUCCUAGAGAACACGGAAACAAGAGGAAAAAGCCAGCUCAUGCAUUGAAAUUUGAGGAGAUUGAAAAUGCUGUGAAAUUUAUAAAGAAUUAUGCAGAAGAGUUCGGCAUCCCACAGCCCGAGGCACCCAGAGGCAGCGAUGGAAUUCCCCCUGUGUACCUGCCAGCAUCAGAUACCAAGAAAGCAAUACACCAAAGGUAUGUGAAGUCCUGUGAGGAGUCCAGCAUCCGUGCUAUGAAAAUUUCAUCAUUUGAAGAUGUCUGGCUAAAAUGCAUUCCACACAUCCGGAUCAGCACUCCCCGUGAUGAUGUGUGUCAGAAGUGUGAGUGCCUGCGUAAGAAGAUCAUGGAUGCUAGGACAGAAGAGGAGAAACUAACAUCCGUAAGAGCUUUCCAGGAUCACAUUGAAGCAGCUAGGAAAGAACGACAACAUUACAGGGAGUGCAUACAAGAAGCAGUCGAAGAAAUGGGGCAGUGGCAAGGCGGGCAGCUUCAGAACGUGCACUACACCUUCGAUUUCGCCCAACACUUCCAGCUACCGCACCACACCAGACAAAUGGGACCGACAUACUUUGUCAUGCUUCGCAGAGUCCAGCUCUUUGGGGUCCGCAUUGAUAGUGCGUCUAUGCAGUUGAACUUUUUGGUUGACGAAAAUCAAACAAUCGGCCAAGAUGGGACUUUGACCAAUGGCGCAAACGCGGUUAUUAGCAUGUUGGACUACACAUUCAACGAAUAUGGAUUUGGGGAAAAGUCAUGUUCUUUACAUGCAGAUAACUGCAGCGGUCAAAACAAAAAUCAGUAUAUGUUGGCGUAUCUGUGCUGGAGAGUUCUAAUGGGCUUUCACGAAAGAAUCUCACUAAAAAUGCAGAUUCCAGGACACACAAGAUGUCUUGUUGAUGGAGGAUUUGGCCACAUAAGAAAACUUUUCCGCCGAAGUGAUGUGGACUCUUUUAAUCAGUUGGUGGACGUGGUGCAAAAAUCAGCCUCCAGCAAUGUUGCCAUCCCAUACAAGCACGAGGACGGUGGAGCGAUUUGGGAAUGGCGGGAUUGGAAGAGCUUUCUCUCUACAAACUUCAAGGCCGUCAGAAACAUAAGAAAGUACCACCACUUUCGGUUUUCAUGCCAAGAUCCUGGGUACGUCUUUCUUAAGGAGAGCGUUGAUUCAGAAGAGACCAGCGUAUCCAUCAUGAAGAGUCCCAUCUCGGAUCCUCAUGCGAGACCAAUAUUGAUCACGCCACCUGGACUAUCCAGAGAUCGCCAGACGUACCUCUACAGGAAUGUCCGCCCUUACGUCAGGCCACUUCAUCAGGAGGAAGUGUGCCCAACUCCUGCAGAUCUGGAAGAGUGACUGGUGUAACAUUAUUUUUUAGGUUGUUCGACGCCAGAACUUUUGUUAAAUUCUGAAAUUUUGUUCUGCUGAAAUUUUAAAUUACUUGUAAAAAUGAUUGAUGUAUUUGUUGUUUUUAUUGAUGUAUAUAAUUUAUGUGUACCAGUGUGUUGUCAUAUAUUUGUGAUCUAUUACUGAUAAUGAAAAUAACAUGAUUAAAAUUAAUUACAUAAACAUGAUUAUUAAAACUUUACAACACUUGUUUUGCCGCAUAUCAUUAUGACGUCACUGACGUUACGCUGCCGAACGCUGCACUGCAGUAAACAAACUUGUUGAUAUAAAUGCAUAAAAAUAUAAUUUUAAAGUUGCCGAAGGAUCUAAAAUUGCAUUUUUUGAAAUUGUCAACAUGUUUACUGUCAAAUUCCAUGAAAAUCUCAAAAUGUGUAAAAAUUGUCAUAAGGACCCUUUUCUCAU